AUGCAUAGACCUAGACGAACGCGCUCUGCAACGACGCUUGGAGGACCUGCGAAAGAGACGGACAUCAGGAGACCCUCGGCCUCUCCGACUCCCAAGCCUACCAAGGUCAACAGCGAAGCACGCAAGCAACAGAACCGCAUCGCUUCAAGGAAUUACCGCGAAAAGCGGAAGAGGAAGCUCCAGUUUUUAGAACAGCUUCUUGACAACGACCCAUCAUCGAGUGGCCCGGGCUCUUCUGCGGGAUCUCCAGAACCGUCUCUCGAUGGUCAAUUCUCCCUCGAACUUGGUCACGAUAUAUCUCCCUAUCUUCGCUCUUUACCACUAGAGCCCCUGUCCGGGGACGACUACAUCCAGCCGGGAUCGGUGCCUGUUACGGCUGGCUAUCAUGAGCCACCGUUGGGACAUAUAUGUCCACAGACUUACGACGGCCCAGACCCUGCCUGGCUUCCAGAAUCCUAUGCAGGUCAAAGCCACGAAGUCGAAAGCUACGCAGAACCCUGGGCCCACCACCCUUGGAUCCCAUCAGUGCCAUACUACCCUCGCGAGCCCUUCUUUCAUCAAGACCCACCUAUGAUUAGCUACCAGGCAGCUACAGAUUCGGCCUCCGAGCUCGCUUUUAACGCGGAUGGUAACCUGCCAUUGGAUGGCCUGCAUUUAGGGAGUGGAACCAACACUCCUAACGCUGUAUGCAGUCUCUACAGUCUCCCUGCCUACCCCCAAGCUUAUUUGGACGCAGGAACGAAGUCCGCGCUUCCAUUGGCCGACCCCCGAGGUGGAGAGUUUCAGAAGCUCGUGAAAGACCUGACGAAACGCUACAACCGCCUGCCGUUACACACAAAGCAAAAUCUGAUCCAAGAAGUCAUCAAGCAAGGCCUUCUAAUCGACGGUUUCAUCGAAGAGACUUGUACUGUCCUCGAGUCGGAAGAGCUCCUGCCAACGCUUGUCUCGCGCGUUGCUUCGAACAGCAAAAGACGCCGCACCCGGCCGCGCUGCGGUUCCGAAAGCCCCAAUCUCGCAAAGCCAAAUAAUUUGCUCGGCCACCAGCUACGGCGAGCUGCGGGGGCCGCGGAUACCUCCCCCACCGGUCCCAUGUCCAUGCGGCUCCAUCAGUAUAACUUCUUCACCGCGUUGCACGUGAACGCGCGCCAGCUGGGCUUCGACAUGCUGCAGUACCUCGACUACGACGCCGUCAGCCCCGUCUACAUCCCGGGCCUAGAUGCCAACAACCCCGCGCAGAUGGUGCAAGCGUAUGCAAAGUACACGCACGUCAAACGGGACUUGGUCCCCACAACUUUGCAGUUAACACAGCCGCAUCAUUCGUAUAUCGACGGCCUCCCCUACCCCUCCCUCCGCGACCGCAUCAUCACCGCCCUCAACGCCUCGCCCGCCCUCGUCUCCCGCUCAGAACUGUGCGGCGACUUCACGACCGACGGGUUCAAGUGCUGGGGCAGCGGCGCGGGCGUGCUGGACCAGGGCAGCGCGAGCGACAUGCGUAGCUGGGAGCCGGAGCUGUGGGUGCUGCGGAAGUACUGGUUCCUGGUGGACGACGAGCUGUGGCGGAGCGCGAGAUGGUGGAGGGGGAUGAGGGGGGAGAAGGGUUGCUGAAAGGUGGACAAACGAGAGAAAGAGAGUCUGCUGUUUUUGAUUGCGACUAUGGAGUUAGACGGUGGGGUUUUGGUACGUGGGCAUGUGUGUAGCACGUUAAAUGUACCUCGAGAGAAUAUGUUUGAUUUUCAAGACCCCUAGACUGCUCCUCCGCCGAACGAAGCCCUAGAGUUUGGUUCUACAAGCG